AUUUCCCCUACCAAGGCAACAUGGCUGCGUCCUUGGAGGAAGACGAAGAUAUUUUAAAGAAUGAUUAUUAUGCCCUAUUAAACGUCGACAAAAAGGCAUCUGUCGAUGAGAUCAACAAUGCUUUCCGUCAUCUAAGCAAAAUUUACCACCCAGAUAAACAUGUUGAUCCAGUAAAAAAAAAGAAAGCUGAAGAUGUAUUUAACAAACUUAGAAAAGCCCAUGAUGUAUUACGUGACAAGUACAAGCGUACUGUGUACGAUAUGUAUGGAGAGAAAGGAUUGGAAACUGGUGAUAUGGAAAUCAUUGCUCGUACCAAGACACCAGCUGAGAUUAUUGCAGAGUACGAAAGAAUUCAGAAAGAGAGAGAAGAACGGCGGCUUCAACAGAGGACCAACCCCAGGGGUACCAUAACUGUGGGAAUCAAUGCUACAGAGCUAUUUGACACAGAUUAUGAUGAUGAAGAGCUUGUAGAUUAUCAGCCAAGUAGAUCAGUAGAAAUCAGCUCCAUGAGUAUAGCUCAGUCUGUGGAAUGUCCACUCACUCUGAAAGAUACACUGGUAGUUGGUGGCAAUCUAGACACACGUAAUGGGACUGGUCAAGGCAUGUUCAGUAUCAUAUGGAGGAGACUUGUAUCCACCAAAGGAUGGGCUGAGAUUGAUUUACAUCUGGGAUCUGCUGCUGCUGUAGGAAUCACAGGUUUUAGACAGCUCACACAGAGAUGUUACAUACGGUGUGGAGUGCGUACAGAAGUCACACAGUAUGGGUAUAGACCAUCUGCAGCUUUUAUGAUGGCCUAUCAGUUUGAUCGCAACUUGCAGGGUCGUUUGACUUACAAUUUAUCCAGACCAUCCUCGCUAACAACAAACAUUUCAUAUAGUAAUGAGCAGCAUAAUGUCUCCACAACUAUUCAGCUUGGUAUUCGCAACUCUUAUUUAUCAAUUGCAUAUGGUAGAACUUUCUUAGAACAGGAUGCAAAAAUACGCGGAGCUGUGAGGGUUGGCACUUUAGGUUCCAUGGUUGAAUGUUCAGUGGAAAAGAAAAUUUCAGACUUUAGUCACAUUGGAGGAACUUUACUUGUCGGACUACCACAUGGUGUUCACCUGAAGCUCAAAUUACUAAGAGGACAACAGACAUUUUUUUUCCCAAUUUAUCUGUCUGAAGGCUUGAGCCCCAGUGCAGUGAUCUAUGGGGCUUUAGUUCCCCUGACAGCCUAUUUUGUCAUUAGGAAGCUGAUUGUUAACCCAAUACUGAGACAGCAGAAAGAGAAAGAGUUAGAGAAGCAGAAGGAAGAUAAUGCUGAAAAACUUGCUCAAAGAAAGAGUGAAGCUGAAAAGGCUGUUGAGCUGAUGAAAGAGACCUACGAGAGAUGCGUGGAGGUGGAGGAGAAGAAGUCUGGUCUUGUUAUUGUCAAAUCUCUGUAUGGGAAACUUCAUUCUGCAGAAGAUGGGGAAAUCAUGGAACACAUGUGUAUUGAUGUGACCAUUCCUAUUCAAGCCUUAGUCAAAGACUCAAAGCUCAUCCUACCAGAAACAUCUUCUAAGAGUGGCCUUCCAGGUUUUUAUGACCCUUUCAUCAGUGAAGAGAAGAAAUUGUACAUACGUUAUUCCUUUAGAGGGCGUCUACACCAAGCAUUUAUAUCAGAUACAGAACCAAUUAGGCUCCCUCAACAAAAACACCUUAUAGCACAAGAAGCAGCAAGAUCUCAGCCUCCACCUCAAAAUUCAUGACAACUGCCACCCAUAUAGAGAACAGCUGAAUUCAAGGUGCCCACUGUCAGUUCAUGACCUAGCUCAAUUAGAGAUUGUGUGGCAAAACACCGAAACAUUGUCUUAGAGGUUCUAGCUGCCACAUCAUUCCCUACUAGGUAUUUACGGGAACAUUCAUUACUACAAUUAACCAAUUAAUGAGGAAUUUUUUUUCACAAGUUGUGAACCAAUUAUUUCUAGCUUGUUUUUGGUGUACAUAUAUUUUUAAGAUUAACUGAUAAAUGAACCAUAUUUUAGAAUAUUUCAAAGUCAUUGUUUAAGCCCAAAAUUAUUGUUGACCAUUGGUGGUUGUGUACUUACAAUAUCAAAACUGUUGGUUUAGUUUAAAAUGUUAAUUCAUAUCAGUCUUUUCAAAUAAUUACAUUGGUAGUUUCAAACCUAUGUGCAGAAAUGGUUUUUCUUGGCUAGGUAAUUUAUAUGCAAAGUAAAACAAAUUUUAAUUUAUUUAUUCAUUUAUUGUAUUUCUAACCUGAUGACUCACAACAAAAACAAAGUGAAUGAAAUCUUUUUAUUUUUUAUUAUGUGUGAACCAGUCAAUAAAUAUGUAGACCAGUAUCCUGUAGGCUGUUUUUCUAGAGCUACUGUUUGCUUGUUACUAGUUUUUUUACCCACUGAAGUUGUGAGAUUUCUGCAGUUUCAAUGUUGAGAAGCGAAUUAUUUGUUGGUGGUACUGUGAUUGUACAAAAGAACUUUAUGUCCGUCAGAUUGUUGCUUGAUAAUUGUUUAUGAACACCAGAAGUUGAUUUCAUUAUUUAUUUCCUCUCCAUUUCCACUUCAAGAAAUUAUUUUUUUAAGAAGAAUUUGAUGUCAGAAAUUACAAGUGCAAUGUGCAUUAAGUAAAACAUCAUUUACAUAACAUCAGAAAGGACUCUGUUUGACUAAUGAUUUAAAAGACAGUUAUUUAAAUAUUAUCGUCUUGUUAAUAAAUAAAAAUGAAGAGUGAAUUUAUUCCAUCAUUUUGUUUUUAAACUUGCCCAGAAUUUGUACAUUUGAAAAUUGUUGGUUUGUUUUGUUAAAUAAUUUUAAGUUUUAUAACUAAUUUAAAGUGUGCUGUAUGCUGCACAUGCCUCGAAACAUCUAUUAAACUGGAUGUUUUUGUUUUAUUAUAACAAUAAAUUUCUCAUCAUAAAUUAAUCUGGGAUUUGUCUUUUUCAAAAUUACAAUUUGUGUUACUAGGAUUUGUCUUUUUCAAAGUUACAAUUUGUGUUACUAGGAUUUGUCUUUUUCAAAGUUACAAUUUGUGUUGUGUCUAAGUAGUGUACUACAAGUCUUUCAUCAGAUCAGUGUUGAAGCAUUUUAUUUAGGUGCUAUUAGAUUUCACUAAUUUAGUCCAUGCUUCCAGCUCUUGUGUAGGCUAUGUUUUCAACCCAAAUCGAGACCAUAAUGUAGCAGCAGUUGAACUAUAUUUUUGUAACCAAUGCUGAGAUCUAUAUAAUGUUGAGUAUUAUAAUUUAAUUGCUGAGUACCAUGAUUUUUUUAUGUUGAGUAUAGUUAUUCAAGAAGCAACUUGACCACAUAAUUAAAAGAUGAAAACCCGCAGUCAGUGUUUCAAAGUGGUAGAUUGUAAGAUAGAUGUAGAUAUACAAUUGUCAAUAAAAGUUGUU